AUGGGAACGAUCGUUUGCAGGGAAGACGGGAUCGCAGCCCGCGAACUGGUCACCAUCGGAAUGCGGUCGGUCGCCAGCCGGAUUGGAAAGAGCGAUAUAUCUAUACUGUCCCCAAUGCAUUACAUCUUAUGGGGCGACCUGGCCUCUAAGUAA